GAGCAGAGUUUGGGGGUCUACCAGCUGCAGACUGCAGUAGAGUUGAGUUAGUUGAGUUGUAGAGUCUUUGUUGAAGAGAUCUGUUGGGUUUUGGAGAUCUGAUCCCCUGAUCCUCCACUGAUUUACUGCAGAAUUUACUCUAAUCAGAUCUUACCCAGGUCCUCCAGCUUCAGGAGCUCAGCCGGGUAAAUGCAGCGCUUACUGGGGGAGAAGGUGAUGGCGGUGGACACCAGGAACGGAGGCUCAGCCCUCACCCCCACAGAGGGAAAAGACAACAGCCAGAGGAAGGUGCUCAUCUUCCUGGAUCUCUUCUGCCUCUUCCUCGCCGGUCUUCCGUUCCUGAUCAUCGAGUCGAGCGCGGUCCGGCCGUACCGCCGAGGCUUUUACUGCAGCGACGAGUCCAUAAAAUACCCGGCUAAAAACAGAGAGACCAUCAGCGACGGGGUUCUGUCUGCCGCAGGGACUCUCAUCGUCGUCCUCUCUAUCACGAUAGGCGAGAGCUACAGGAUCCACUACCUGCACGAGGGCUCCAACGCGUUCGUGAGGAACCCGUACCUGUCCGCUCUCUACAAGCAGGUGGGCGUGUUCAUCUUCGGCUGCGCAGUCAGCCAGUCCUUCACCGACAUCGCCAAAGUCUCGGUGGGCCGUCUGCGACCUCACUUCCUGGACGUCUGCAGGCCGGACUUCUCCACCAUCAACUGCUCGCUGGGCUACAUCACCGACUACAUGUGCACAGGAGACGACAGCAGGGUGCAGGAGGCUCGGAAGUCCUUUUUCUCAGGCCACGCCUCUUUCUCCAUGUACACCAUGCUCUAUCUGGCUUUAUACCUUCAAUCGAGGUUCACCUGGGAGGGGGCGCGGCUCCUGCGGCCGCUGGUUCAGUUCACUCUACUGAUGAUGGCCUUCUACACCGGCCUAUCCCGUGUCUCCGACCACAAGCACCACCCCACUGACGUACUGGCAGGGUUUGCACAGGGAGCCCUGGUGGCAUACUGCAUCGUUUUCUAUGUCUCCGAUCUCUUCAAGUCAAAAGACAGAGGUUCUACGAUCACAUCGACUCCCUUAAAGAAAGAGCUUCUACCGACUGUAGACCGGAACAACCACCUCACUCUAGCAUGAUGCUAAUGCUAACUGGAGCCUCGCCUAAUAUGAGGGGUCCAGCUGACGUGGACUUGGGCAGCUUAACAGUCAGUGGGCUAGCUAAGGACUAGCAGACUAGCCUAUACUGGACAAAUAUAAACCACAUGCAGGGCUUAAUGUGCCAAACCUGGGCCGUCUGAGAUUUCAGGCCUGCAGAAAGAACUUUUAUUUUAACCCGAGAGACCAGUGAAGAGUUCCAGCUCUACCAGAUGGAGAAGCAUUUUCCCCCAGACUGCAUCUUUUCCACACAAUCCUGAAUCCUGAAUCCACCACCUCAAAUGGACAGCAGAGCUAUUCCUGUUAACUGAGAGAGCAGAUGAGCUCUUGGAAGUGGUGGAUAUACUGUAUAUCAUACGUCUGUAACUUUCUCUUAUGAAAGACUACAAAUUCCUAGACCAGAGGAAGGAUUUUAAACGUUAGAUUCUGAUUAUUUUUGAUGAUAUAGCACAAUUUACGAUUUACACAACUUGAGAAUAUGAUAUAUUAGUGGUAUAAAUGUAUAGACUUGUACAAUGCCCUUUGUUUUAAAUAGGGUGAUCAUUUAUAAUCAUUUAUAAUUGUUAUAAAGGAAAAACCCAGAAAUGCUAAGACAGCUAACUAUGAAAAGGUUAAAACGCAGCUAAAGGACAUAGAGAACAGUUUUUAUAAUGGAAAACGACAACCUCAGCAAAUGCUAAGACUGCUAGCUAACAAUGACAGGCCAGUAUGGACCAGUUUAUAUAUAUAUAUAUAUAUAUAUAUAUAUAUAUAUAUAUAUAUAUAUAUAUAGCUUUUUAUCCAAUGGACAUACUUAAAUUUACCAAUGUAGCUUAAUAUUUUCACAUCUCUAGCUCUUGUAGCUAAAAGACAAAACCGACAGUUCUAACAUGGCUAACAAAACAUAAGGCUAGUAGAGUCAAGUCUUUAGCUUAAUAACAAACACAAAAAUGCUAACAUGUCUAAACAUGAAACUUCAAGUAAAGACCUGUAUUCAAUUAAAGAACUUUAGCUAUUUAGCUCAAGACCAAACCAGAAAUUAUAUGUAAAAAUACAGCUACGUAAGGUUAGCAGAGACCAGUUUUCAAAUAUUUAGCUUCUUAUCUAAUGGACCUACAACAUAGCUAACCUUGAAUAUAACUGUAAAAGCCAGUCUUACUUUUUUUUUUUU